UAUAAAUAAUACUUCCCUUAAAAUUCAAUAAAAAUAAAUAUAAAAUAUAUUACUAUAUAAAGCCAUACUCUAGUGUUCUAGUUUUUUUAAUUACAAUUAUGCUGUGAAAUAUUAGAAAAAAAAUACAUAAAAAAUCAUGUCGGCAAAUCAACCGGAAACGGAAAUCGGUGGAUUUUUCCGCUCAAAUUUGAUAGCAGUGAGAAAGGCGAUUCGCCAGCAAGACUUCAAGAAGUUCGCUGCCUUGGAAUCAAACGCCGAGAGGGUGGCUUUCGUUUUGAGCUACUCCGAGGCCCACCAGUUGCCCCUGGACGUAGAGAGACCCAUGGUCAAGGAUAGUGACGGUGCUAUUCGAUUGAAGGACGUCGGGAACAAAUUUUUUGGUCGCGGCGAAUUCACGAAGGCCCUGGAGGUGUAUUCAAAUGCAGCUCUUCUAGCACCGUCGACAGAAUUAAGCGUUAUCCUGGCGAAUCGCUCGGCCACGUUGCACCACUUGGAGCAUCACGAGUACGCGUUGGAGGACAUCGAGGAGGCCUCGCGACUCGGUUACCCGAAGGAUCUUCUCUACAAACUCGAAGAGCGACGGGCGAAGUGCUUCUUGGGGCUGAAAAGGCACGACGAGGCGGUCGAGGCGUUCAGACGAGCUCUCCAGGCCCUGGACGACGCUAGGAUACCCUUGGAGCGUAGGCAGAAGUUCGAGAUGGACAUCAGGGUGAUGCUCGCUGUGAUGGAUAAGGGCAAGCGGCUCAACGAGGCCGCCGCGAAGAAUCCUCCGCGAGCUCACAGCAAGCAAAAGCUCAACGCACAUGCGGAGGACAAAUUUAUUUCCGAGAGGAAGAGGAAUUCUCUGUAUCCCGCCUGUAGUAAAGCGGUGGAGAUCAAGGAUGACGGGGGUGACGUGGGUAGACACGCCGUGGCGACCAGGGAGAUAUCACCCGGCGAGAUCGUGAUCGUCGAACGACCACACUGCACGUCUCUAUUGACGGAGAACAGGCUCACGCAUUGCCACCUGUGCUUCGUGAGGAUAUUUGUGCCGAUGCCGGCGGCUUGUCGGACCUGCAGCUGCGUCGCGUACUGCAGCCGCCGCUGCAGAGAUGCGGACGCCCAAGUGCACUCGCGGGAGUGCAAGCUACUGCCGGUCCUGUGGCACUCGCAAGCCUCGGUCACGUGCUUCUUAGCCCUAAGGGCGAUUACGCAGAAACCUUUCGAAGAAACCAUGGGAUUGAGGGAACGCCUGAGGAAUCCCGGAAGUGCGUCCAAGAUUUCUGCGGAGAAUCCGUAUCGAAGCGAUGACUACGCGAAUACUUUUUACAAUUUAGUCACCCACGAAGACAAAAGACUGCCCGAGGAUAUUUUUCACAGAGCCUACAUGGCAGCCUGGCUGUUCAGAUUAUUAAGAGUCGGCGAGUAUUUACCAGAAAAUGUGAGAAGCACUGAUUCAGCGGACAGCAAAUUAUCAGACGAGGAAUUAUUUAUCGCGGAACUGAUGCUGCACAAUUUGCAGUUAUUGCAAUUCAACUCGCACGAGAUUUCAGAAUUGACAAGGCUGAAGGAGGAGAAAAUACUUGCCAAAGCCAAGAGUGUGUUUAUAGGCGGUGGCGUUUACCCUACGGUGGCGAUGCUGAAUCACUCGUGCAAUCCUGGCGUAAUUCGUUAUUUCAUCGGCACCACCAUGAUCGUUCGCGCUAUUCGCACAAUCGGCGCGGGCGAAGAGAUCUCCGAAAACUACGGUCCUAUCUUCACAACCAUGCCCGAGAGCGAGCGGAAAAGAAAAUUGAGGGUGCAAUAUUGGUUCGAUUGCAAUUGCGAGGCAUGCUCGGGACACUGGCCGCUUCUCGACGAAUUGGAUCCAACAGUACUCAGAUUUAAAUGCGAGACUGGACCGUCAUGUGGUAAUGUGUUGCUAGUACGAAGCGAUACGAACGAGUUCAUGAUCGGAUGCGCGAAAUGCGGCAAGAGCACGAAUAUCCUGAAGGGCCUAAGGGUCCUGCAGGAUACAGAUGCGCUUUUUAGAGUUGCAUCGACAAAUCUUGAGGAAGGCCGAAACGAGCAGGCAUUGAAAGCGUACCUGGAGAUCCUGAAGCUACUGGACGAGACCUUAGUGUUGCCUAUCAAAGAUUAUCACGUCUGUCAACAAGGGGUCAGAUUGUGCUCCCUUGCCUUAGGCAAUACAGCUUACAUAUAAUUUCAUCAGCCAACUAUCAAAUAUUUAUCUUUCUACUGCAAAAUAAACAAACGCGAAUUAAUUCUGCAAC